UGCUUCAUUCCAGUGCACAAGCCGUGCGAAGCAGACGACUCACACAGCACCAAAGCUGAUGAAUUCGCUCAGGGAAUUCGCCGCUGUCUCUUUAUAGGAAUACCACUUGAUCGUGGACGCACGUGAGUGUGCACAUGCCUAGCUCGGACUAUACUCCAUGGUUCUGACACAAGUGCGGCUAUCUUUGCCUCUGCUCCCCUGACCACAGAGACAGUCUUCAGAUCUCCUCCAGACGGCUGUUACUUCUUGUUUUUUCAUUGACUAUCAGCGAAAUAUUGCUGGAAAUAUUCUCUGGAUGGUGACCACGGACUGGACUACCUGUUUACAGCUGAGACACUCGGUGCGAGGGGAGCGGACUGGAAGACUUGCGCCCGGUGCCUUUUCUCUGGUUUAAAAAGGCACGUUGGAGAUUGCUGAAAAGGGAGAAGGGCUGCUAUAUUCACACAUUGUACUCCAAGUGUGUUAUUUCGUCCGAACACUCACCUUUACGUGUUUUGGUGAAUGGGGGUAACUCUGGUCCUGGAGGCUUGACACAGCUGGGACUAGGACGGGACUGGGUGCGUGGAGCGUCGGAUCACCCAGGAUUGUAUUCCCUCUUCUCUCUCUCUCUCUCUCUCUCUCUCUCGUGGGUCUAUUUACAUGUCCGACCUGACCGCUUUAUGACAAUGGAUUACUUUCUGCUUUUAUGCAGCCUCUUGCUGCCCGUGGUGUCCGCCGUUGAAGAGACGCUGAUGGACACGAAGUGGGCCACGACAGAAUUAGCCUGGACUGCACACCCUGAAACCGGGUGGGAAGAGGUGAGUGGAUACGAUGAUGCCAUGAACCCUAUCCGGACAUACCAAGUCUGCAAUGUUCGUGAGCUCAACCAGAAUAACUGGCUACGCAGUGACUUCAUCCCACGGAAGGAUGUGCUGCGUGUAUAUGUGGAGAUGAAAUUCACAGUGCGCGAUUGCAACAGCAUUCCUAACAUCCCAGGUUCCUGCAAAGAGACCUUCAACCUCUUCUACUAUGAGUCUGACUCAGACUCAGCCACAGCCACCAGCCCUUUCUGGAUGGAAAACCCUUAUGUGAAGGUGGACACUAUUGCCCCAGAUGAGAGCUUUUCCAUGCUCGAGUCUGGACGUGUAAACACAAAAGUACGAAGUUUCGGGCCACUGUCCAAAGCUGGGUUCUACUUGGCCUUCCAGGACCUUGGUGCUUGCAUGUCACUCAUCUCAGUGCGAGUCUUUUACAAGAAGUGCUCCACCACCAUUGCCAACUUUGCUGUUUUCCCAGAGACAGCAACUGGGGCUGAGGCAACAUCCCUGGUCAUUGCGCCGGGAACUUGUGUCCCAAACGCCCUGGAGGUGUCCGUGCCGCUGAAGCUUUAUUGUAACGGAGAUGGCGAGUGGAUGGUUCCUGUAGGAGCCUGCACCUGCUCAGCUGGUUUUGAACCAGCCAUGAAGGAUACCCAAUGUCAAGCUUGCAGCCCUGGCACCUUCAAGUCCAAACAGGGAGACAGCUUCUGCUUGCCCUGUCCAGCCAACAGCCGCGCCAGCUCAGGAGCAUCCAGCGUUUGCUCCUGUCGAAACGGUUACUACCGCUCAGACACUGAUUCUCCCGACUCCCCUUGCACCACUGUUCCUUCGGCACCACGCAGUGUCAUCUCCAGUGUGAACGAAACCUCGCUUGUGCUGGAAUGGAGUGACCCGCGUGACUUGGGUGGCCGGGAUGACAUCUUCUACAACGUCAUCUGUAAGAAGUGUCUGCCUGAACGGGGAAUGUGCUCUCGGUGUGACGACAACGUUGACAUCUCGCCACGCCACCUGGGCCUAACCCAGCGUCGCGUGGCUGUUCGUAACCUACAAGCACACACACAGUACAGCUUCGAGAUCCAGGCAGUCAAUGGGGUUUCCAACAAGAGCCCCUAUACACCUCAGUUCUCUACAGUCAACAUCACCACAAAUCAGGCCGCUCCGUCUGCAGUGCCCACAGUUCACCUGAUGGCGGCCACAGCAAGCACCAUGAGCCUGUCCUGGCUGCCUCCUGAGAAACCCAACGGAAUCAUUCUGGAUUAUGAGAUUAAGUACCAUGAGAAGGUAAGCAGCAAUGAUCAGGGUGAGGCCAUUGCCCAUACUAUGACCGCGCAACGGAGCAACGCCCGCAUUGAAGGUCUCAAGCCUGGUACACCUUAUGUGGUUCAGGUCCGUGCCAGAACAGUGGCCGGUUAUGGCCGUUACAGCAGCCCAGCCGACUUCAGCACCAACCUGCAAAAUGACCCUCCAAAGUCCUGGCAGGAGCAGCUGCCACUCAUUGUGGGAUCAGCCACUGCCACCUUGGUCUUCAUCAUUGCAGUUGUGGUCAUCGCUAUCGUCUGCCUCAGAAAGCAGAGAAAUGGCUCAGAGUCGGAGUACACAGAGAAACUGCAGCAGUACAAAUCCCCUAUAGUAACGCCGGGAAUGAAGGUCUACAUUGACCCCUUCACAUAUGAGGACCCCAACGAGGCGGUGCGCGAGUUUGCCAAGGAGAUUGACGUCUCCUGCGUGAAGAUCGAGGAGGUCAUUGGCGCAGGUAACCCACCAAAGCUCCUGAGCUACAGGGGGAAGACUGCUAGUCACCUCCAGGCCAUACCGUUAGAGGACUUCACACCAAGCGGAGAGUUUGGGGAGGUGUGCCGCGGUCGCCUUAAGCUGCCUGGGCGCCGGGAGAUCAUCGUAGCCAUCAAGACUCUCAAGGUGGGGUACACUGACCGCCAGAGACGAGACUUCCUGUCUGAGGCUUCCAUCAUGGGCCAGUUCGACCACCCCAACAUCAUCCGUCUGGAGGGCGUAGUCACCAAAAGUCGACCAGUGAUGAUUGUGACAGAGUUCAUGGAGAAUGGAGCACUGGACUCUUUCCUAAGGCUCAAUGACGGGCAGUUCACAGUAAUCCAGCUGGUUGGCAUGCUGCGCGGUAUCGCAGCAGGCAUGAAGUACCUGUCAGACAUGAACUACGUCCACAGAGACUUGGCUGCCCGUAACAUCUUGGUCAACAGUAAUCUGGUGUGUAAAGUGUCUGACUUUGGCCUAUCUCGUUUCCUCGAGGAUGACGCUACAGACCCCACGUACACCAGCUCCCUGGGAGGAAAAAUCCCCAUUCGCUGGACGGCUCCCGAGGCAAUUGCCUACAGGAAGUUCACCUCGGCCAGUGACGUAUGGAGCUACGGGAUUGUCAUGUGGGAAGUGAUGUCGUAUGGCGAGCGGCCAUACUGGGACAUGAGCAAUCAAGAUGUAAUAAAUGCCGUGGAGCAGGACUACCGACUGCCCCCUCCCAUGGACUGCCCCACAGCACUGCACCAGCUCAUGUUGGACUGCUGGGUGAAAGAGAGGAACCUGCGACCCAAAUUCGCUCAGAUUGUGGCCACACUGGAUAAGCUUAUCCGCAAUGCUGCCAGUCUCAAGGUGGUCACUAACAGCACACAGUCCACUGGGGUAUCCCAGCCCUUGCUUGACCGCUGUGUGCCAGACUAUACCACUUUCACCACUGUGGGGGACUGGCUGGACGCCAUCAAGAUGAGCCGCUACCGUGACAACUUCGUCAAUGCCGGAUUUGCUUCCUUUGACCUGGUGGCCCAGAUGACAGCAGAGGACUUGCUGCGGAUAGGGGUAACGUUGGCUGGCCAUCAGAAGAAGAUUCUUGGUAGCAUUCAGGACAUGAGACUACAGAUGAACCAAACACUUCCUGUCCAGGUGUGAGCGACAGGACACAGACCGAUGCAGUCGAAGGACAGCCAGAUAGGAAAAGGGGGGGAGGAACUGUGCCAGAGAGAGCCAUUGGAAAACCCUAGCUGCCUGACCCAUCUCUGCCAAUUAGACGCUAUGAAACUGGCUUGCAGUGCCUCUGACUAUUUUGUUCUUUAUUUCACUACCACUUUCAUUUCCUGUUCCUGCUUUUUUGUUAUUCGUCAUUAUUUCUUUUUCCAUCCAAUCAGAAUUAGUGUGUUUUUGAAAGAGGAAGAAGAGUUAACCCCCUUAUAUCCCAUGCAUUUCUCACCAGCUCUGGUGUGGAUUGACGUUUGCAUGCAUGUGUAUUUUAGUGAGGUUGGCCAUAGCCCCAUAACUGAAAUGUCACACUCUGAUCCUCAAGCAAGACCCCCUUCCCUUGACCUCUCAACCCAGCUUUGAUGGACGCAAUGCUUUGCAAAGAAUGAACACCCUGGUGUAAAAAACAAACAAACAAAUGUUCACACACAUAAAAAAACAAAACUAAAAAACAGAGGUGUUUUGGACCCACAGGAGACUGAGGACAAUUCUUUCCCUGAUAGAAGUUGUUUUAUUGUGCAUGUGUGUGUUGUUCUCCAUCUUCAUAUUGAAGGUGUGUUAUCUAAAUGGGCACUUGCCGGAGACGGGUGAGUUCAAAGGUCAAGAGGAUGACAGAGGUCAAAAAGGUCAAAGGACAGCAGCCACAUUUUUGGACACUUUGUUUUGGCUGUUGAAUCCUCAAUAGGUCACCAGAUGAUCUCUUCACCCUGACCUGAAGUGACUCAGGAUUGUUCCACAGCUUGGGAUCACCUCCUCAUCACCUGCAUUUUUACACAUAAAAAUGUUUUACUUUUGUUUGUCCACACACCUUUUUUUCCUCUUCUUUUUUUUUUGCUUUUCUUAUGCAUUUUUGGGAGAUUUGUGGUUUCAAAAUGGCCGGUCAAACCUAAGUAGCCCCACUGGACGCUUUAUGUGAUUAAAGGGGAAACAAGGACUGUGGCAACACUAUAGAAAGACCACUUGGCCUUUUGUGUGCGUUUUUGUAUGUGUGUGCGCAUGUGUGCGUGUAUGUGUGAUUAAGUGUGCUUGGAUCUGCGGGUGUGUCAAGUUGCACACAAGUAUACUGUACAAUACAGCUUCCGCUAUUUGCCACCGUGGAGAAUUAACGCAUGAACUGAACCGUGACAAGGAGCAAAUAUAUCUGAAACAAUUACGCUAUAUUCUGUGGACAACUGUUAAACAUUCUUUUUUAUUGAAUCCAAAAAAAUGAACGGACAUACAUAUAUAUAUAAAAUUAUAUAUAUAUAUGCAUCAUGCAGAAACUGAGAGAACCAUGACGGACACCUUACUUUCUACUUACUAUUAUCUGGAUUUAGAAAUAAUCAAAAUUAUUGUUUUAAUUUCUUGACAUCCUGCCCUAUGUAUUUAUUUGUACCUCGCCCGCCAACCCCCAACCCCCACCAACACCCACAUGGACUGUAUGCCAUUUGGGACAGUGGACUUGGAACAAUCAGAAGGAAGAUAAACUCCAAAAGGAUUCACCUAACGAAUUGAUGACAAAAGAAAUUGCAUAUAAAUUGGAUAUUGUAUUUUUGUUGUUGUUCUAAACAGCCUGUACAUGUUUUGUAACAAAAAUAUGAUAAAUAUCAAAAGAAAAAUGGUGUUUUGACAAAAAUGGAAGUGCUGUUGUGAAAUGUUUGAUUCAGAGUGAAAUUAACAGAAAGCAAAGGAAGAAGAGAGAGAGGGGGGGAAGUCAGAAGGUAGAGAGGAAGAGAUGAACAACAUACAUGGUUGGACUAUUGGUAAUAUCAUGUCGCCCUUUUGCUCUCAGUGUGAGUGUCCGUGUAGGUGUGUUCAAGUUUGUGUGUGCCACCUGAACUGGAUAUUAAGCUUCCCCAAUCCAUUCUCAUUCUGCAACAUAAAGAGCAUUUGUGAAGCACUGAGCUGUUACUAAUUGUCUUCCAGGCACAUUUUUUCAACUCCUGCGAACCAUUCAGAUGCAUCUCUGUGGUUUACCUAUUUUUCAUUUUUCCAACAAUGGGAUCCUCCCAACCCAUCUUACGUAGGUGUAUUAAGCAGUCAUUAGGGGGAAGGUUCAGAGACGAUGACCUACCUGCCAGUCACUUAAAUUGCCCCAGAGGUGGAGCUCCUCCACUAGACCUGCGGUUUGCUUCCCUGCAACAGGAUCCUCGUCAGAGAAUCCAGAGCUGUCAGAAAAGAAACCUAUUGGUCUUUGUCUGUCGAUUAAUGCAGCAGCCAAUGUGGGCUGGAGGAUACAAGCACACAGCGAGCGCAGACAUACGGCGGGCUGACCUAUCAUUAUCUCUCUUCAUUUCCUGUCUGGCCUGCAAUCAUCCUGUCUCAGCUCAGGCUGCUGCAUGAUUAGUACAGUGCAGGAUCAACAGCUCUGAGAUGCAGACAACCAAAAUCUGCAGCCCCCCGCCCAUCCUAAAUGAUAGCAGCUGCAUCAAGGAGACCAUACUAUUUUCACUUCUCACAGAGGGGUGUUUGAUAGUUGCGGAUUAAGGGAUGGGGCUGCAUCACUGCUAUGGUCUUUCAGAUAGUCUAUAUGUUGUUUGGGUUGGAGCUGAUCAAUGCAAUAUGUGAAUAUUGUUAGUUAGGUGUGUGAUGAUAGCAUGAUGUUAGUGGCCAUGCAGUUUUUCUUACCAUAUUACUUUUGUAAGCCUCACCUUUAAGUCCCUUCAAAAGUCAUGGAGGAUAUUAAGCAAAACAACAAUGUGUUUCCCGUUUUAUAUUAUUUCAUCUUAUUCUAAGUACAGCUGUUUUCACUACUGCUAGUACUCUCUAUAGUUAUGGUACACAAUCAAGUAGUAAUUUAACGGACGUGUACUCAAACUAUUCAGGUCUGAUAUCCUUACAUUUGUUUCAUCAAAGUGUUCAGAUUUCCAGUAUCGUCAGCAUGAUGUGAUAUCAUGAUGAGAUGUUUCUUGAUACCAUUCUGCAGAAGUAUUUUGUUUCUCACCAAAACAAAACAGAAUUUUCAUUGGAAAACAGUGAUAGAAUCUACAUUCAGAGAUGACAGAAGAGCAGAAUGAAUGCAAUCAGAAGCUCACCUCCCAAAGUCUCCCAGGAAUAUUCAAUAGUACUCCUGCUUCCUGCCCUCGGCUCAAUCAUCCAAUCAGCGAAGACCCACUGUUGCAAACUCACACGUGACAGCAAAAAAGACACAAUUGAUGAGCAUAAAAAUAGAGAAGGGAGCUAAAUACAAUCAGAUGUCAGACAUGCCCACUCAUGAAAAAUGGCAGCCCUUUGGAGCUCGCAUUAACUGUUGAUGAGGUGCACAUGGUGCUCUGGUCUCUGGAGCUGUGUUCACCAAACUCAACCAGCCAUGAGUGAUGAGCUCAACUGGCACUGUUGCACAUCUUAAAAUGAUUAAACUGCCACCACAUCAACUGAAAACAAUUAAUCUUUAAGUGGAUUCUCACACAUUCAUGGCAGGGUUUAAUAUUCAAUAUUCACAGAGCGAAGGAAACACACUGUCUAGUGUUUUUUUGUUCAUCCUUCUGACGGCACAUUGCUGAAAUUAAGAUAGACUGUUAUGUGUGCGUUCGUGUGUGUGAGAGUGUGUGAAAUAAAAGAAAUUUAUACAGAAACACUUUGAUCAGCAGAGUUUAGGCUUUGUCAGAUGUAGUUAUCUGUACAUGUGCCAAUAGGAUCCCUCACAUUCCUUCUACGUUUCUUUUCUUAAUAUACAUCUUCCAUAAAUCAUCAAACAACCACACCCACACACCCCGAAACCCCUUCACUUACAACUUUCUAACUUUCUUUUCUUUAGUUGUCUGUUUUAAAUAAACAUAUACAGUACUGUAUUUUCUUCUGUCUUCUAACAAUUUCAAUCCACAUCUGUCUUUUGGUCACUUUUGAAAACCCCCUCUUCAUACAAGGAAGUGAGAUGUGUCAGAAAGUACUGUACAUGUAUAGUGAACCAGGAGGGGGGACGGAAUAAAGUGCUGAGAAAUGCAAUUGUUAAUUCCUCUUUGAAAAAGCAUUAAGAUGUAUUUAAUGGUGCAGACAUACACAACAAAUUACUAAAAAAUGAUGAUGCAUUCUUGUAGAAAUAUUUUUAAAAGACCCUUUUGCAAUUAAAUUAUUUAAGAAAUGUGA